CUUACUACACUACACAGUCCUUAUACCAAAGCUACAACCAAAGAAAAAAAAAGAGGUUUUUAUUGAUUUAAGAUAUCUUAAUAAUUCUCUCACCAAUUCACUUCAAGAUGCGCUUCAACUUCGCCGCCACAGUCGCCCUCUUCGGCGCCGCCAUCGCUGCCCCGGCCCCUCAAGCCAGCUCCACCCCGACCUCCAAGGAGACCGUUGUCAUGGGCAAGUUCAAGGCCUUCCACCAGCUCGUCGAGGGCGUCGUCAACGAGAUCAGCUUCACCAUCACCUCGCACGAAGUCGCCGGUACCUCCUCCUACGCCUGCUCGGCCGUCAACCGCUCCGGGGCCCUCGCAUUCAGCCCGACCGCAUUCACCUGCAACGGCGGCGUGGAGAACAACCAGUACUCGUUCCAGAUCAACGAAGUCGACACCAAAGCCAACACGUACAACUUGACCAUCACUCACCAGACCACUUCCAGCCUCUCGGGUCAAAUCAAGAUCGAUACUACUUGCCGCGCUGAGGGUGUUCGCUCCGAGUACUGCGAGCACCCCGACGACCUCAACGUUGAUCUGCAAGCCUCCGCAUAAUUGGGGGUUGCUGCAGCUCGUGGUGAAGGUGCUUAGUUGAGUGCGAUUUUGGAAGCCUCUGGUCUAGAAUUGGCGGGAACCCUUUUUAUAGCAAGUAGGACUUUAUCGUGAACCUGAGCAGCUUUCACACUCGAAUUCUCGAC